UGAUGCAACGUUGCGGCUUUCAACUGGGCCGAGCUGAUCAGAUGUGUCCGUCGUGAUCGGCCGAAGAAGACUGCGCUUCAGUUGGUGACAGGAGAUGUCGCUGGUGGCGGGCGCGACACUACUGAAUGGCAUUGGCCAUUUGGCAAAUUUGGGUCAGUUCGUGGAGAUCGGACAAGGGCAGGCGUUUCAGCGGGAGCAGAUGCAAUGGGCGCGUCGCGCCUAUUGCCUGGACUCUAGAGCCCUCAGGAUUGAUCUUCUGAAUGCGGUGAAGGAAGAUGUCCGGGACCAUCAUCAGACCUACGCCAGUCGCAUCGACACGCUGCUAGUGGUGCACACUUUGCUCCUGACCUUUGCUUUGGCGACCCUGCAGUACUCGGACCAGUUUGUGCCCGUUUCAGGUUGUGUGGAAUGCGAGGAAAACGAGCAUCCAUGGCUUGUGACCUGCUGGGUGUACGCCGUGUCAGGUAUUUUGAUCCUCCCCUUUUGGGGCAUUGUUUUGCUCAUAUGGAGCAAACUGCAGUUGGAUCACUGGCUGGAGAAUUCCAUCGGCCGGCUGAACGUGGAGCUGCGCCAAUCGCUGUCGGCGGACAUCAAUACGGAGUCUGUCGCGGAUCGAGAAGGUUCACAGCUCUUGGAACGCGUUGAAGGGGCCGUCACACGUUUGAGCAGCUUUGUGGUGGAGCACCAGGAGAGUUUCAAACGUGUGUGGAAUCACGAGUGUAAAUUCAUGAUCUCAGCCGCCACGGUCUUCCUCUGGGUCUCCUGCGUGUUGGCGAUCUUGAUCACCGCCGGGAUGUUUUGGCUCUUCCUGCAGAACCACAUGGCGGGUCAACAUCGCCAUGCUGCCACACACUUUGCCCUGUGCACGGUCUGUGGCUUGAUGGCUCCCAUCUUCUACGGCCUUUGGUUUCGCCUUACCUGUCGCGAGACCACGCGCAAGUUUCGCAAUGAACACGGAGAGUCACCCACCUUCGAGGAUUGCAUCGAACCCCCUGAGGUUUCAUCGGUUUCAUCAGGCGAUCGCCCGGAUCUCAUGAGUUCCGUGUCCCACUCCGUGUCUUCGGCCUCGUCGCAUGCUGUGGCACUCCUUGGUGCCCUGGGACGUCGCGGCCUAGCUUUGCGCCGCGGUGGUGUCCGGGAAGGAUCCAAUCUGGAUGAGGGGGUUUUGAUGGCCGAAAGACCUUCAGGUUUGCCAAUUCUCGAGGAUGACUUUGACAUGAGGUUUAAUGAAUUGACGUGAUGGACGUCUCAGGUGACUUUGCACUUCCUUUCCGCCUGGAUUGGAG